ACCCGCGGGUGCGAGACCAGGGAACUGACCCUCUUGCGGAACGGCGUUGGCCAGCUGGGUUUCCAAAUGGACCACGAAGGGUUUGUAACCGAAGUGGAACGCUUCACCUUUGCGGAAAAAGCCGGGCUCCAGCCUGGGGCCCGACUGGUACGGGUGUGCGAAAGACCCUUGCCCGGCCUGACGCCCCCCCAGACUGCUGAACUCCUGCGGACGGCGAAAAAAGUCACGAUCACUGUGGUUCCUCCAGACGAGAACGGAAGGCCUCGAAGGAGUUUCUCCGAGCUCUACCAGAAAUCGCUGCAGGAGAAGCGGAGGAGCGAACCCCCGGUUGGAGACACCGAACUGACCCGGCCAGCCAGCGAAGUGAUCUUCAAACCGGCCACCUUUCAGCUCCUCCAUUCCUUGUCCCUGCAGGAUGGGGCGCCUCACCUCUUGGCUGAAGAGAGGACCGAAUUCUUGCAGAGCCACAGCGACCAAACCCCAGCCCCCUCCGACCCGAUUCCACCCAAAACUUUCUCUCUUACCUCCAAUCCUCCUCCAGACAUAAUCUUGGCAACCACUCCCAAAGCCCUCCCGGAUCGAGAUCUGGACCAUCCGAGAGAGGCGGUAGUGAACCAUCACACGCCUGGCCUGGUAGCUCAGGAGGCCAAAGGCUUUCCGUCUUCUCCACCACCGGGAGAGAAGGCCUUGCCGUCUCUGGAAGCGAGCGACAGCAAUAAGUUUUUGCCCCGGACGCUUUCGCUACGGAAUUCCAUCACCAAAAUUCUCUCUGAUGCUGGGGAAUCCCUGGAAGACGAGUGGGACUCCAUCGCCAAUCUGGCAUCGGCUUGUAACAACAUCCUGGAAGCGCUCUCCCACGAAGGCCAGCAUAUUCUGGAGAAUCGAGAAGGCUCCACGGGGACCCAGAGAUGCGCCAGUCAGCCACAAGCCAUUGAUGAGUCUCAGCACGCCCUCAGCCUGGCCGACAAAGUUUUGUACUUGGAGCUCAAACUGAAGGAGCUGCAGGACGAUCUUCAGAAGGAAAAAGCCGAAAAGGCGGCUCUCCAAGCCGAAAUGCAAACCCUCCAGCAGAACACCAAGCGACUGAAAGAGGCGUCGGAGACGGCCGCGGCCCAACUCAGCCAAGUCACCCAGAUGUUGGGGGGAGGUUCCUCUGGCCCCCACUGCCCGUGAGGAGGAGGGGGGAACACCCUCUGCCCCUCCACGGCCAGCCACCCUCCUUGCUUGGCCCAGCCCUGGACGGCUCCACCCGAUUUUUCCUCCCUCAGGAGGGGGGAGGGAAAAGGGCACCCCCAGGAGAUCCAAGAAUCCGAGGGUGGUUUGUUGCGGGGAAACAAAACCGCCACUCGCAAAGCCUUGCCUCACUCUGGAAGUUCAGCCCUCCCCGUUUUUUUGAGAGGGGAGGGAGGGGGCUGCUGCCUUUCCCCCCCCCCACCCCCCCAAAGGUGGCGCCGGCGGGGGGGUGGUUGGAUAAUUGAACGAGAAAAAGACCCCAACGUGGCUGGUCGGCAUAAAAUUGACAGUUUGGAGUCCCAUUGCUCCACCUCCGCCUCCUCGAAGGGCGCCUGGUUUUUGCCCCGUCCUCAGGUUCAGCUGGGCGUGAAUUUGAACUCGGGUUCGAAGGGCCCCCCCUCCCCAAAAAGGGGAGGUGGGGGGCAGAGAAGAAGGGCCACCUGGGAUUCCAGCCUGCCUUUUCACCUUCUUCCUGGAAGUUGCAAAAUUCAGCCACGGAUAUAUAUAUAUAUUUUUGGGAGGUGGGGUGCAGGGGUCCCUGCUGAGCCCUCCUGGAGAAGAGCCCCCCCCUCCGGGGUCUUCAGUGGGGGGGGGAGAAAGGAGGGCAGGUGGGGCAAAAAAACCCAAUAAAAUGCAAUAAUUGCAAAUGGCUUCCAGGCAGGGGGAGUUAACUCAAGUCUUCUUGGAGUUUAAUCUUCCCUUUCUCCCCUCCAUUCCCACCGCACUGUCUUGGAUGGCACAGCGUGCUUCCGGUUCAAUUUACUGUGAAUUAUUAUUAUUUUUUGAAAGCUGUGAUAGGACUAACCUCCUCCUACCCUCCCAAAUAUAUAUAUAUAUAUCUAUAUAUCUUCUGAGUUGUCCUGUCCGGUCCUUCCUUUCACCUGUACACCUUAACCUGUAGAGGUUCCUGUAGAAUGGGGCGGGGUUUGCUCCUGAUUUCGUCUUCCCAGCAUCGGCCCCCACCCCAAAAUGGUGCUAUCCAGGACUUAGAUUUCCAUUCCUCUUUGUUCCCAUCCCCCAAUCCAAUUGGGAGUGGGGCCACUUUCUGGAGCUCUUCUGUGUCUCUUGUAGUCUGUCCGUCUUUCCUUCCUCCCCUUUUUUUCUCUUCUAUUUAUUUUCCUUUGCCUCCCUUUUCC